GUAUAAACUGACAAAUGUCAUUGUGAUGGAUUAUUUUGGAAAGUGAAAUAUAAAUAAAUUACAUGUUUAUCGUUUACUUUUUACUGUCUUAAUUUUAACAACGUUGAUAGCAAUAUAAAUGUCUAAUUAUCAGGAAAUCGUCAACUUAAACAUCGGUGGUACAAGAUUUUCAACUUCAUGGCAUACUCUAACAUGGGUACCAGAUACAUUUUUUACGGCUCUACUCAGCGGUCGCAUACCCACGGUGCGGGAUGAAACUGGAGCUAUAUUUAUAGACAGAGAUCCUAAUCUGUUCGGUCUCAUUCUCAACUUUUUACGCACAAGAGAUAUAGAUCUAAAUAACGUAAACAUUAGGGCAUUGAGGCAUGAAUGUGAUUACUUUGGUAUCACUCCUCUAAGCAGGAGACUAGCAUUGUGUGAUGAGAUGAACCAUUCGUCCUGUGGAGAUGUACUCUUCCAUGGAUAUCUACCACCACCAUUAAAUGGACCCUUACCAAAUGGCAGUACUUCAAGAUGUGGAACAGUAUCUAGAAAGAAUUCUACUGCAUCUAACACAGAAGUAACAGCUAACAGAACACAUUCACGUAACUCCUCAUUAGAUUUACGAGCGGUAGGAAGGAUUCCGUCACAGGACCAAUUAAGUCGAUGUGGCAGAGGUCAUUCAAGAGCGGCUUCUCUAGGCAAUACUGAUAGUCACAAGGGACUCCGUCCACCUGAAGUCAACACCUGGCAGGAUAAUAUGAAAGUGCAAAUUAUAAAAGCGCAUCACAACUGGAUCGCUGUUGCCUACACACAUUUUGUUACUGGCUACAGAUUGACAGAUUCCUGCGGUUGGUACAUAGUCUUCCAAUCUCCGGUUCAAGACUCUGCAAUAGAACGAAUUGCCCUCAAUGCUAAGACAGGUGGCGCCACCUCUAGCGGUACCAACUCCACAGGAACUGAUGUGAUGCUGGGUAUCGCUAGUGGACCACUUGUCAGAUUGUGGGCUUUUUCCACCCAUACUGAACCAUUGAGGCGAAAUUUGAUAGGCACCUUCAAUCUUGGGGUACGAGUGGAACAUUUACUGUUUGUGGGUCCACAACUAGUGGCUUUAAGCGGGCCGGGCAGUCGGAGUAAGGCAGGUGUAUGGCACACUAGUACUCAACACUGGCAGACUCAAGACGUAGCACACCUCACCACUCAUGAUACUGCCGGUUCCUUCCUGUUAUUGGGAACAGCCACUGGUGCCAUAAAUUACAUAGACAUGCAAAAAUUCCCGCUCAGAAUGAAAGACAACGAUCUUCUGGUUACUCAGCUUUAUAAGGAUCCAAAUCAGGAGCCCAUCACCGCAAUAUCUGUUUACUUAACACCGAAAACAAAUUUAUGUGGAAACUGGAUAGAAAUAGCCUACGGCACAAGAUAUGGGUCGGUUAGGGUGAUAGUGCAGCAUCCGGAGACCGUGGGUCAUGGACCACAGCUGUUCCAGACGUUCACUGUCCAUCAGAGCCCCGUCACUAAGGUUUCACUGUCGGAGAACUACUUGAUAUCCGUAUGCAGCGAGUACAAUCACGUCAGAUCCUGGCGCGUGACACGUUUUAGAGGCAUGAUAUCUACACAGCCUGGCACGACACCGAAAGCAGCCUUCAAGGUCCUAGCUCUAGAAGCGCCUACAGCUCAGCCGCACAACGACUGUGGACCGUACGGCGAACAGGACGAGGAGCAAAUAUUCAUACAAAAGGUCGUACCUGAUACAGACACGCUUUACGUUAGAUUGGCAUCUAAUGGUAAACGAGUAUGCACGAUACGUUCGGUGGACGGGUCAGCGGUGUCAUGUUUCGUGGUAGUCGAGUGCGAAGGGGCGCUGCGUCCGCGACGUCUCCUUCUGUGCGGACAUCGCUCCGGGGCAGCACAGAUGUGGGACCUCACUGCGCACAUCGAUAGGGCUGCUAAACCCACACAGGCCGUAGCCGGCGGGAAUGGUGGAGGUGAGGGCGAAGAAUCUCCUGUAACGGACGGUGGCCCUAGCCCGGACGAGUUGGUGCGCCUGUUGUCCGCGUGUGACCUUGACGCGACCCCAGCGCCACCUGUGCCUUCCUCACCGAACAGACCUAUACAAGCACCUUGAGGGCUGUGGAGAGCACUCACUUGCUGCUAAAUGACAUGGAAUAGUGAUGUUAUGACACCGUCUUUAUUUAGUGAAGUGUAGUGUGUUACUGACUUUAUAUGCGGUAGUUGAGUAAUGAGGCACUGUCUUAGUAUGUACCGCUGGAGUACAAUGUGUAACCGAUUUUAUAUAGUGUCCUUGAGAAUCAUGCUUAUAAAGGAGACAUUACAAAAUAAAUAUUAUUUAUAUACAGAAAUGUACUUUAAAAUUAUAUUUCUGAUAUUUAAAACUAGAUUUAUAUUGUGCUCAAGGUGUUGACCUUGCUAUGAGCACGUUAGGACGCAUCUCAUAGUAACUGGAGCCGAAAAAUUAGGAAGUAGGAUUAUUAUUUAUUUUAAUUUAAAUGAAUUCCAUAAUUGUUUAAUGUGAACCCAAAAUCAAGACAGAAAUUUAUAAAAUAAAAAAAAAAUUGAUCUCGAGACUGCCGAGUGCAGUAAAUGUUAUAAAGAAUUUAACAAUUGAGACAUCGAUGAAAAACGACACAAGUAAUUUGCAGCAGGCUUUGAUUCAGAUAUCAUUGAAAUAGCUUUUAUAUUUCUAGCAUGUUCUAAAAUAUUUUUGCAAGCGGAAUUUUUAUUCAGCACUUUCUGGUAUGGCGAGUCAGUGACUAUUAUUUCUGAAAUUUUAUCCUUCUGGAGUAUCUAUCGAGCAUUUCGUUAAUUUUAAUUAUUCAGAAUGACUUUAUAAGAUUUGAUCUGUGAAUUUUAGGACAGCCAUGUCACUUCCGUGUCCCUUAUAUCCCGAUGUUAAUUAUCAUAUAUACUGCUUGGAUCUACACAUGUGUGGGUAUUAUGUAUGGAAUUAAGGUUAUACAAGUCUAGGGGACCAUGAGCUACAAAGCGUACCUUACUAUUUAGAAAGUGCUUGCUCGUUUGGCAUAUCAUUUUAUAUGAGGCGUAGAUGCCAGUAUUUGUUGUUCUUGGUUGUUUGAAACUUUGAAUGAGAACAUUGAAUUUUUUAAGUCCAAAGAUUGAAAUUUAAUUUAUCUAUGAACAUUUAAGAACAUAUUUUUUUGUAUACAUUUAAGUGUGGGUAAUGAAAUCUGAUCUAUGAAAUGAUCGAAGCCACAAUGUCUUCAACAAAAUAUUUGAAAUGGCACAAUAAAUUUAUAUAGAUUGUUACUUUGAAUGUAAUAAAAAACAGUUUUAAUAGGACGAGGUCCUUAUUUCAGAUGCUUAGAUUUUAUGUUAUUCUUUAGAUAACUUAUAAAGAUGAGAUGAGAUCUGGUGAUGAAGGGAGUGAAGGCAAUGGAAAUAAUAUUAACAGCAACAAGAUUAUUUUAAUGCAAAUCAUCAUAUUUUGAAAAUGUCAAAGUAUUCGAACAUUCUUUUCUCAUUGAAAAUAGGUUUUAAGAAUGAUUAAUGUUUUUUUUUUCUUAUAAAAUCAGUUUUCAAUUUGACAGCUGUUUUUAAACACUGCGUUAGCAAGCUUCGGUUAAGACUGAUUUGUUUAUGAGCUGAAACAGCUAAGAGUAAAUAUAAUAUAUUCUCAUAUUCCAUGUAAAUAUGACUGAAAAUUUUCUAAAUUCAACCUAUCAUUAAGUAUAUUUAGAAUUUAAUAAAAAAAAAGUAUAUUAUUUUUAUUAGCUAUUAUAAGAGUGAAAUAUCAAAAUUUUAAAAUGUAUUGUCAUUUUUGUCAGAGGCGUGUUUGUUUGACGUCCAGAUGUUGUUACUGUGUUAAUUACACACUCACACACAUACAUAUAUUAUAUAUAUAUAUAUAUAUAUGUAUGUAUGUGUGUGUGUGGGUGUGUAUGAAGUGUAUUACUUAUAUGUAGUAUAAAAUUUACAAUAUAACAUUCUGCCUUUUUUGUGUUGAAUCUAAAUCAAUGUUGUUAGGAAUGGAGCACUCUAUGUUAUUUUUACUACUUUAACAAAUAUAUUUAAUAUUUCCUAAGUU